CUGGGUGUGGCCGGCGGAUCUCGGCGGCGCUGGUCUCGGCGGUGCGCUGCGCUCUGCACGCCGGCUCCGCGCACUGGGGGCUGCUGAGCGCCCCGCGGACCCAGCAGCGGCCGGUCGACGCGGAGCCCAACUCCUUUCAGUUGCUUUCACUUCUUAAUUUCUGAGGUAAACAAGUUAAAGGAUGAGUGAACUGGAACAGUUGAGGCAGGAAGCUGAACAACUUCGGAAUCAGAUCCAGGAUGCCAGGAAAGCAUGUAAUGAUGCAACACUUAUUCAGAUCACAUCAAAUAUGGAUUCCGUGGGUCGAAUACAGAUGCGAACGAGACGUACGCUGAGGGGUCACCUAGCUAAAAUCUAUGCGAUGCACUGGGGAUACGAUUCAAGGUUACUCGUCAGUGCUUCUCAAGAUGGAAAAUUAAUUAUUUGGGAUAGCUAUACAACAAAUAAGAUGCACGCUAUUCCUCUGAGGUCCUCCUGGGUGAUGACCUGUGCCUAUGCACCCUCUGGUAAUUAUGUUGCAUGUGGAGGACUGGACAACAUCUGCUCUAUAUAUAACUUAAAAACCAGAGAGGGAAACGUGAGAGUGAGCCGAGAGUUACCAGGUCACACAGGCUACUUGUCCUGCUGUCGAUUUUUAGAUGACAGCCAAAUUGUCACAAGUUCAGGAGAUACAACUUGUGCUUUGUGGGACAUCGAAACUGCCCAGCAGACCACCACAUUCACUGGGCAUUCUGGAGAUGUGAUGAGUCUUUCUCUGAGUCCUGACAUGAGGACUUUUGUUUCUGGUGCUUGUGAUGCCUCUUCAAAAUUAUGGGAUAUUCGAGAUGGAAUGUGUAGACAGUCUUUCACUGGACAUGUGUCAGAUAUUAAUGCUGUCAGUUUUUUCCCAAAUGGAUAUGCCUUUGCCACCGGCUCUGAUGAUGCCACUUGCCGGCUUUUUGACCUCCGUGCAGACCAAGAAUUACUGCUGUAUUCUCACGACAAUAUUAUCUGUGGAAUCACCUCUGUAGCUUUCUCAAAAAGUGGGCGCCUCCUGUUAGCUGGUUAUGAUGACUUCAAUUGUAACGUAUGGGACACGCUAAAAGGAGAUCGUGCGGGUGUUCUUGCUGGUCACGAUAACCGGGUCAGCUGUUUAGGUGUAACAGAUGAUGGCAUGGCUGUGGCAACAGGCUCUUGGGACAGUUUUCUUAGAAUCUGGAAUUAAUAGCAUGUGCAGGUUUUUCUGUUCUCCGUUGCUAUCUGGAGAAAUCAGUGCUACAGCCUAUAGCUGUGAGAAGAAAAUUCUACCUUAUAUUUGCAGGUGAAGAUUUUUCUAUUGAGAUAAUUAUAUACAAAAAGAAGCUUUCAGUAAACUAUAAAACAAAAAAGUGGAAAAAAAAAAAAAAGGCAAGGGUGCUUGCUGAGAUCAAAAGGACCAGUGCAUUAAUUUGAGUUGAGCUAAUUUAACUUUGAUGAAUUUUUGCUUGUACUCAGAUUCUUUAUUUUCUUUGUGUAGGACAGAAUGUACACAUUAUAGCAGUCUAUCAUGUUUGUGUGUUUGCAUUUUUUUAAGAACUACAUUUUUAACUUUCUAUACAUAAGAAUAUCACAUUUUUGAGUUAUGUAAUGGAGGAAGUAGGCACAGUGAUAGAUGGAAGUGAUUCCAGAUGUAUGUGUGCUGUAUUUGAAGAAAGUCUUCUUGAAGUCUGACCUUCCUUUUUGAUGUAAAAGACAUUCGGUUGCCUAAUGUUUAAGUAUACUAGCAGGCUUAGGUACUUCUGAGGGGAGACCCUUUUGAGUAUCAGUAGUUUCUGGUGCAUCCUUGGCCAUCCUGUGAAUUUAAAGAAGUGCUUGUUUUCAGUCCUUGGAGGGGGAGAUAAUCUGAAGGCCAGGGAAUCAAGAUUUCAUUCUGAAAUUUUAGACAUACAUAAGAAACUCCUAUAUUAAUAGCAGUAAUUGCAUAAAAAUUAUUGACAUUUUAAAAAUGUGGUUAUGACCAAGACACUUUCAGUAGACCUCUAAAUAGUUGGGCUUACUUUCCUAUGGAUUUGAUAUUCUAGAACUGAGUUUGUAGGUACACUCAUUAUUUCAGAUUGAUGAACGAUUGGACUGUCCUUGAAUCUGAAGAGUUUUCCCCAGUGUACUCCAUUGACCUACAUGUAGAUAGGAAAUAAUGUGAUGACAUUAUAUUGUCGAAAGAAGUGUAAAAUCUAAUCAGUCACUAGACUUGAUUAGUUCUAAUUGUGUAGUGUAACAAAGUGGCUUUAUGAAUUUAUGUUCAGAUAAUACAAAAUCUGAAUUGAUAUAAAUUUUCUGUGACUUAAAUUUGAAAGAAAUAUUAAAGCUUUUUGCUCUUCUGUAGUACUUCUUCUUUUGGCACAAAAUACUGGUUUCUAAGUGAUUUUUGCCUCAAAGAAUGCUUAGAUCCAAGUGACUCCACUUGAAAGCCAAAAGAAAAAUUCUAAGAGCAGCUCUUUAAGGAAUCAGAGGAAAAUAGUAAGCAGUUCCUCUGUUCGUAAAUGGUAUAAUGUGUCUGUUACUAGAAGGCCUGCCCGCCCCUCCCUCACGUCAAAUUUAAACAAAGAUACUUUUCCCCUUGGAUUUUCUUCUAUAAAGGAAGCUAAA